UCAAGCGUGUUGAAUUGUUGAUUGCGUGACUAACAGUUCAAGUGAAUUGUAAAUUCAUAUUUCUUGUAAUUUUUUUCCCACUCAACUACUUUGAUAGAAGUAAUAAUCAUGUUAAGAGUGUUUUAAUGUUCAUUCGUCACAUUGCACUUACAAAGCAUUAAGUAUGUCAUACUCAAGUCAUACUCCAAACUAUUGAACCGUCUUCAGACUCAUGAUCUCAUGAUGAAAGAAUUUAUCUUAGUGUCUCCCACUAGAAGUUUCAGAUGCCAGUUUACGCACAGAGUUUAUAGAUACUUUUCUAAGAUAUCUACCACUAAGAGUAAAAAGUACUCUCAUACGCUGAAUUUGCCCUCUACUAAAUUUCAAAAUUGGGUGAAACAGGAAGAACGCGCUCAAUUGGACCAAUACAUUUAUGAAAAAUAUAAUUUUGCAGAUUUGUACAAGUUGCAAAGGAAUUUCCCAUCCAGGCCUGAAUUCAUUUUGCACGAUGGACCUCCCUAUGCAAAUGGAGAUGUCCACAUGGGUCAUGCUGUCAAUAAGAUUCUGAAGGAUAUAAUAAAUCGUCGUAAAUUACUCGAUGGAUUCAAAAUUCACUAUGUCCCUGGAUGGGAUUGCCAUGGGCUUCCAAUUGAGCUUAAAGCAGUGGAGAGCAAUUCCCAGUCCGGCUUAACAGCUGUAGAAAUUAGGAAAACAGCCAGAAAAUUUGCUGAAGGAACUAUAAAGAAACAAAAGAAGUGUUUUAAAUCAUGGGGUGUGAUGGCUGAUUGGGAAUCAGGCUGCUACUCAACUUUCAACAAGGCCUACACGCAAAACCAGUUUCACCUAUUUUAUGCAUUGCAUGAAAAAGGAUUAAUUUAUAGAGGACUAAAGCCAAUUUACUGGUCUCCUUCAUCAAGGACUGCUUUAGCUGAGGCGGAAUUAGAAUAUAACAAUGCUCAUGAAAGUACUUCCAUUUUCUUUCGCUGGCGCUUAAACUCAAUACCAGAAAUGAUGAGAUCUGUCAUUGGAAGCAGAACUGUUUUUGCCAUUACCUGGACCACAACUCCAUGGACAUUACCAAGCAAUGCAGCAAUAGCUUUCAACCCAGCCAUAGACUAUUCAUUAAUUACUUUUUCUGAUGAUUCAUCAGAUGCAUAUCUAGUAGCCUCAAGUUCGAUAAAAAAUUUAGAGGAAAAAUUAAACAAGUUAUGUUCAAUUCUUGCUCAGUUCUCAGGUGUUAAUUUAAGCGGUCUAACUUAUCAGCAUCCUCUGAAAUUGGACUCAGUGCAACCUCUUUUAGGGGCGAACUUCGUAUCAACUGACAAAGGCACUGGACUUGUUCACAUAGCCCCUGCUCAUGGACCUGAAGAUUUUCUACUGGGUCUUAAGAACAAUAUUAGUAUUAGCAAUAUCGUUGAUGAAAGAGGUCUUUACACCGCUGAAGCAGGAGGAAACUUAGAAGGCAUGAAUAUAUUUUGUGAAGGCAAGAAAAAAUUAAUGGAAAUUUUGCGCCCUGAUAUUUUAUUUGAAGAGCCCUUCAUCCACAGCUAUCCUUAUGAUUGGAGGACAAAAGAACCCGUAAUUUUCAGAGCCAGUCACCAGUGGUUCAUUGACACUGAGAAAAUUAAGGAUGAUGCAUUGAAAUCCUUAGAAAAUGUCUCUAUGGCUGGAGUUAGCAAGAUAAAAGAGUUGAAGACUAGACUAGAACAAAGACCCUAUUGGUGCAUAUCUCGUCAAAGAGUUUGGGGCGCUCCUAUACCAGUUCUUUAUAAUGUAUCCAUGAAUGAACCAAUUGUCUCCAAAUCUCUAAUAGAACACUUUUGUUUUUUACUGGACAAAUUUGGCCCUGACUUCUGGUGGACUGUUCCUCUGGCCGAGUUGAUCCCAAAAAAUUCAGAAGACAGCAUCAUGAUGAGAGAAAAUGAAAUCAAGAGAGGUGAAGAUAUCUUAGAUAUCUGGUUUGAUAGUGGAAUUUCAUGGUCUUGCGUGCUUGGAAAUGACAAAACUGCGGAUCUCUACUUAGAGGGAGUUGAUCAGCUCACCGGCUGGUUUCAGUCCUCUUUGCUAACUUCAGUUGCAGUCCGUGAAAAAGCUCCUUACAAGAGUAUUUUUGUUCAUGGCUAUGCUGUUGAUCAAAAUAUGCAAAAGAUGUCCAAGUCUUUAGGUAAUGUGAUCAGUCCUGUUGAUAUAGUCGCUGGAGGAAAAGAUCUUAAGAGCCAGCCUGCAUAUGGCAUCGACGUUUUAAGGUGGUGGGUAGCAGCUCAUACUGUCUUUCACUCGAGCAUUCCUGUAACGUCAACUGUCCUAACCUCCAGCAAAGACGAUUUACAAAAAAUUAGAUUGAUAAUGAAAUUUCUACUAGGUGCUCUCAACAAUUACAGUCCUUGUGACUCCGAAGGUAGCCCCUUUUUGCUAGACAAAUACAUGUUGAACUGUUUAAGAGAAUUUCUGACUCAGGUGAACAGUUUUUACCUUAACUAUCAGUUUAACCUUGUGUGCCAGGCCGUGACGAAAUUGAUCACAAAUGAAGUGUCUAGUUUGUACUGCCAUUUGACCAAAGACAGGUUGUAUUGUGAUGGGAAAGAUUCAGUUAGUCGGCAAGCCUGCCAAUAUACAAUGGCUGCAAUUCUCAAGACAUUGCUUUUUACCAUUGGUCCUAUAGUACCUCACUUAACAGAGGAAGUUUACUCUCAUUUUACAGCGAAAAAAGCGGGUAGUUCAUACUUUUCCUCAGACCAUAAUUUAGGUAUUGAAAAGUGGUGCUAUCCGGAGACCAAAGAAACAAUUGAACUCCUACUAAAAGUGAAGGAUGACGUCUCUUCAAAGUUACCGCCCUCAAAGAGAAUCUCUGAAUGCGAUUUAUCGGUCGUUGCUUCCUCUCAAGUUUAUAAUAUUUUACAGGUUAUCAACAAAUCAGACAUGAUUGAGCUUCUGCAAGCAGCAAAUGUAAGUGUUGCACAAGAUGCCUCUCUAAAAGAAGGCUUUCAUCUUGAGGUGGACUCAACAUCUAACCAUUUUUGUGAGCGAUGUCGGCUAUAUGCCUCUACCUCUGCAGAUUCAUUAUGUCAACGCUGUACGCAAGUGCUUCAGUCAAUUUAAUUGUGAAAUUAUAGACGGCAUCUUUAAUUCCUCAUCAUCACCCGUUGUCAAAGUUAGGAAAUAUUCAAAUAAAUGUUUCCAAUUCAACAU